AUGCCUUCGUUCCAACUCGCCAUCAUCACUGCUAUCGUGCUGAGUUUCACUUUGCUCUACACCAUCUGCUCACUAUCUGCGCGCGACCCCACAUCCAUCUUUUUCGAUGCCAGCAAAGCCUAUACCCCCCGAUACUCUGCUCUCCGGUCCCAACAGGCCAAAGCCCACGUUUCGACCUACAACUCGACUUUCAGCCCUGAAUACGUCACUGAGAAACACAUUGGGAAGAAGCUGUGUGUUGGUAUACCCUCUGUUGCGCGCCAGGGUCCACAAUACCUGCCUGGAGCCGUGGGCUCUUUGUUAAACGGCUUAACAGCACACGAGAGAGAAGAAAUCUAUCUCAUGGUUUUCAUCCCACACUCGGAUCCUGCAACCCACCCAGCUUAUGGGGAGCCAUGGCUAUCCAAGCUGACCGAUCGCAUUCUCACGUACGAAGAACUGAACACCCAAGACAUGAACCACGUUCGCACAAUGGAGACCAAAGGAGGCAUGUUCGAAGAAAAAGGACUGUACGACUACUCGUAUAUACUGUCCAAAUGCGCCGAGCGUAACACACCGUAUAUUGUCAUUCUUGAAGACGACGUCAUCGCAAUGGACGGAUGGUACCAUCGUACUGUCAACGCACUGCAGGACGCUGAAGAGCAAUCUACGCAGCGUGAAAAGCCUUUCCUGUAUCUCCGCCUAUUCUACACUGAAGCGUUUCUGGGGUGGAACUCGGAAGACUGGAAAACAUAUCUCUUCUACUCGCUCUGCUUCGCCGCCAUGCCGGCAGCUGUUGUAUCAUUCUUACGUGCUACAUCACUUCCGGGGCUGCUCAACAAACAUACCUGGCCAACAGAGGCACGUACCGGUUACCGUCGCUUGGUAUUAACAUUCUACGCCCUCAUGGCAGCAGCGAUACUUUUGUUCUUCGCCCUCGGACGAAUGACUGUCCUACCACUCCCUACUGGCGUCCACGAGAUGCCUCGAUUUGGCUGUUGCAGUCAAGCCUUUGUAUUCCCCAGGCAGAAAGCUCUCGACUUGAUCUCAUAUUUUGCCCAGACGAAGACAGGCUAUGUCGAUGUCUUAACGGAGCGCUAUGCGGACACAAGAGGCGAGUUGAGGUAUGCUGUCACGCCAAGCGUAUUCCAGCAUGUGGGUACGACAAGCAGCAAGAUGGGAGAGUAUGGGCCCAUAUUCAAGCAGAAAACAUGGAGUUUUGGGUUUGAGGAAUACGAAGCAAAUGAGUUGAGGAAAGAACAUGAGGCUGCAGGGUCGUGGUUAGAUGGUAUGGGGGAAGUUUGA